AUGCAAUCUUUUGCUCAACUAGUUUUAGUGUUAACACGUAUUAAGCACUUGAGAGCCAAAAAAAAUCCCCCAAAAAAAGGUGGUGGUGGAGUUGAAACUUCAAAAAAUGGGAAAGAAAGAGGGGAAGAAGAUGAUGAUGAUAAUGCAACUAAUAAUUUUCCUAAUACACCUUUAUCAUCAUCUUUUAAGAAACUUUCAUUCUCUUCAAAAAUAUUAUUUCAUGAUACUUGGACGCCUGAAGAUUAUGAUCGACGAGGUGAUCAGUCAACUUGUAAUCAGUUAACACCAAUACUUGCACAGCAAAUAAAAGAUGAAUUAAACGAAUUUAAAAUGGGAGAAAUGCAAGUGCAUGAAGAUAGUAGGCAAAAUACACAUUUUUUUGCUUAA